AACAUCUUUUAUGUCCCACAGAAGGAAACAGGUUUGGACAUGAAGUAAAUAACGAGUGAACUAUCCCUUUAAUUUUGCAAUAAAAAUUCAGCUCAUUUCCAUCAUGUUACCUCCUUGUAAUUUCACAUUGCUGUUAAUUUAGACUGGAUCUCAUCUUUCCAGCUUUAAAUCCACUGAACGAAUCAAACAUCAUCUAUUAGACCUUUGAGGUGAUUUCAAUUUAAAUCCCGAAUACUUAAAGUGCCACAAGGUGGUGGUCUGUGUCUGUUCGAGGUGGGGUACCGCAAGGCUUUGGUGUGGGCCCCUCACAUUUUAAAAGCAUAUGCGAUCUCACUCCGAGGCUCCGAAACACAACAAUGAUGAUUGGAUAUUAAAAAUAUUAUCAGUCACAUGCAGACACCCCGUUCACCACCUGCGCUCGAGCUUCAUGCAUUCAUUCACAACAGCAAAAAAGCAUCUAAAGCCAUGGUGGGUAAGUCACAUACCCCUUAAAAUCUCACUUUUAAACACGCAAUGAUAAAAUAAUCACUGCAAUUCAUCAGCAGUUGAUCUCGUUUAGAGGAGGAACUCAGGCUUGCAGGUGCCACGGCCGGUUGGAUGCAGCCAGUCUCGGGGUUCACUGGUGGGAGGGGUUGAGUCGCGGACUGGGAUGUGUGUGCCUGAUCACGGCAGUGUUAGUGCGUGACAAGAAGACGAGACGACACUACAGCUGUGGCUCUCCAGUGCCCCGCCGUUUACCGGGCUACCGACCCCAAAAUCUGCGACCAUUCACCUGUGGGAGGCACGCGCCAUCCGUGACCUUAGUGAAUCGAGGCGCGGGGCAGGUUAUGAGGCCCCUCAUCUCAUGCCGUCCCCAGCUCGAGGUUGCCACGGCAACGACCCAGCAUCCUGCUCAGGGUCGUCGUAGAAGCUCUCGGACAAAUGACAGCGCGGUUCAAAGCCACAGGAUUCCACAAUCUCCUUUUGGUGUAGUCAAAUACAGGAAAGUUCAGAGAAGGAACAACUGGACUGAACUUCUUCAUCUUAUCAGCAUCACUGUGAUUGAGUCUUUGGCACUGAUGUGAGCUGACGUGAGUAACAGAACAGGAACAGACACACGCCCUCUGAUUUACUCCAAAAUGAUCACCCUGUACCCCCUCGCCGUGUUUUUAUGGCGACUGACGUCCCUGGCGAUGGCGGCCCAGACCAACGAGCGGCGCGUCGUUGCCCACAUACCCGGUGACAUCAUCAUCGGCGCGCUUUUCUCCGUGCACCACCAGCCGCCGGCCGACAAAGUGCACGAGCGCAAAUGCGGGGCCGUUCGGGAACAGUACGGCAUCCAGCGCGUCGAGGCCAUGAUGCACACGCUGGACCGAAUCAACGCAGACCCCAAAAUCCUCCCCAACGUCACGCUGGGCUGUGAGAUCCGAGACUCCUGCUGGCAUUCCGCCGUCGCUCUGGAGCAAAGCAUCGAGUUCAUUCGGGACUCGCUCGUCGCCGCCGACGAAAGCGAAGAGGCUGGGGGCGGGACCAGGUGUGCUGAUCCAAGUGCCACACCCAUGAAGGGGAAGAAGCCAAUCGUGGGGCUGAUCGGGCCGGGUUCCAGUUCCGUGGCCAUUCAAGUGCAGAACUUGCUGCAGCUGUUUAAUAUUCCUCAGAUCGCGUACUCCGCCACCAGUAUGGACCUCAGCGACAAAUCACUGUACAAAUACUUCAUGAGGGUCGUGCCUUCGGACGCCCAGCAGGCCAGAGCCAUGGUGGACAUAGUGAAGAGAUACAACUGGACCUACGUAUCUGCCAUCCACACCGAGGGUAACUAUGGCGAGAGUGGGAUGGAGGCGUUUAAAGAGAUGGCGGGAAAGGAAGGUAUUUGUAUUGCUCACUCGGAUAAAAUUUGGAGUAACGCCGGCGAGCAGAACUUCGACCGUCUGCUCGCGAAACUGCGCAAGUACCUGCCCAAGGCUCGUGUGGUGGCGUGCUUCUGUGAGGGCAUGACCGUACGAAACAUCCUCAUGGCCAUGAGGCGGCAGAACCUCGUUGGAGAGUUCCUAUUGGUCGGCAGUGACGGAUGGGCGGACCGUUACGACGUCACUGACGGGUACGUGCGUGAGGCCGCCGGCGGGAUCACGAUAAAGCUGCAGUCCGCAGACGUGAAGUGGUUUGAUGAUUAUUAUCUGAAACUACGUCCCGACAAUAACCCACGAAAUCCCUGGUUCCCUGAGUUCUGGCAGCACCGGUUCCAUUGCCGGCUUAAAGGACACCCGCAGGAGAACAACAAAUACAACCGAACCUGCGGCAAGCGAGAUUCUCUGCGGCAGCAGUACGCUCAGGACACCAAGAUGGGUUUCGUGAUCAACGCCAUCUACAGCAUGGCCCACGGGCUCCACAACAUGCAGAAAGCUUUGUGUCCUGGCAUGGUGGGACUGUGUGAUGCCAUGAGGCCCAUUGAUGGUGCCAAGCUCCUCGACUUCCUCAUGAAGACCAACUUCACCGGAGUGACCGGGGAAAACAUUUAUUUUGACGAGAAUGGAGAUUCACCAGGGAGUUACGUCAUCAUGAACUUCAAGAAGAUGGGGAAAGAUUACUUCGACUACACGAACGUGGGCAGCUGGGACAUCAGCGGUCUGCAGAUCAAUGACGACGAGAUCUGGCCCAACAAAGAUGACAUUAUCAAAUCGGUCUGCAGUGAACCCUGCGAUAAAGGUCAAAUCAAGGUGAUCCGUAAAGGAGAGGUCAGCUGCUGUUGGACAUGUACUCCCUGUAAAGAGAACGAGUUUGUUUUUGACGAGUACACGUGUCGCGCGUGUGAGCUGGGAUCGUGGCCCACCCAUGACCUCACCGGAUGUGACCCCAUCCCAGUGGAGUAUUUGAGGUGGGGUGACCCUGAGCCCAUCGCAGCUGUGGUCUUCUCCUGCUUGGGCCUGAUGGCCACAUUCUUCGUCACCUCCAUCUUCAUCAUCUAUCGUGACACUCCCGUGGUGAAGUCGUCCAGUCGUGAGCUGUGUUACAUCAUUCUGGCGGGGAUCUGUCUGGGGUACCUCUGCACCUUCUGUCUUAUCGCCAAACCUCACGUGAUCUACUGCUACCUGCAGCGGCUGGGCAUCGGCCUAUCUCCUGCCAUGAGCUACUCAGCCCUUGUCACCAAGACCAAUCGCAUCGCUCGGAUUCUGGCAGGCAGCAAAAAGAAAAUUUGCACCAAGAAACCUCGUUUCAUGAGCGCCUGCGCCCAGCUGGUGAUCGCCUUCCUGCUUAUCCUCCUGCAGUUGGGCAUCAUCGUGGCGCUCUUCGUGAUGGAGCCUCCCGACGUCAUCCACGCCUAUCCCUCCAUCCGCGAGGUCAACCUCAUCUGCAACACUACCAACUUGGGUGUGGUGGCACCACUGGGCUACAACGGCCUCCUCAUCAUGAGCUGCACCUUCUACGCCUUCAAGACGCGCAACGUUCCGGCCAAUUUUAACGAAGCGAAGUACAUCGCCUUUACCAUGUACACCACCUGCAUCAUCUGGCUGGCGUUCGUACCCAUUUACUUCGGCUCGAACUACAAGACCAUCACCAUGUGCUUCUCCGUCAGUCUGAGCGCCACCGUAGCUCUGUGUUGCAUGUUUGUGCCGAAGGUUUACAUUAUCCUCGCUAAACCGGAGAGGAACGUCCGCAGCGCGUUCACUACGUCGACGGUGGUGCGCAUGCACGUGGGAGACGGAAAAUCAUCAUCCGCGGCCAGCCGGUCGAGCAGCCUGGUCAACCUAUGGAAGAGACGAGGCUCGUCAGGAGAGACGCUCAGCUCUAAUGGGAAGUCGGUGACUUGGGCCCAGAAUGAGUGCAGUUCCAAAGGCAGCCACCUGUGGCAACGUCUCUCCUUCCACAUUAAGAAGCGCGAAAGCAAUCAGACGGCCGUGAUCAAACCUUUCUCCAAAACGUCUGAGGGACGCUACUGCGGAGGCAGCGACAUCAACACCGACAGCAGUAACAACAAGAUGCUCUACGAGGUCACCGAAGCGGAGGAGCGCUACCCCAUCAGCUACCGGCCCCAAACACCCUCGCCGAUCAGCACCGUGACCCAAAGAGCGAGUAUUUCUUUAGCGCAAAGCAACGACGCCCAGGUCAUGAGCGUCUCCACGUACAUGUGUCAGCCUCCGCAUCGCGGUAACUCAUCGUGCGGCGGCGGAAGUGCGUCACAGGGCUCUCUGAUGGAGCAGAUUAGCUGCGUGGUGAACCGUUUCACCGCCAACAUCAGCGAGCUCAACAGCAUGAUGCUCACCAGUUCUCCUCCAGGGAGCGCUGUGGGUUUGUCCACUAGCGCUUCUGCUCACGUGCAGGAACCCUGCUGCCCUCCGCCCUACCGCCUGUCCCGAGAGAUUUCCAUGCCGACCACGAUGACGACCUACGCCGAAAUCCAGCCCCUCCCACCGGUGGAGUCUAACGUGGGUCGCCCCGCCACAUCCUGCCACCUUCCCGGUUCAUCGCGGCUCAAAACGUCACCCACGACCAGUGGGAAGGAGCUAAAGGUGUGCGUGUCCUCGGCUCUGGAGUCGCCGUCCAAUCAGCCGGAGCUUGAGGAACUGCUAGCGCUGACUCCGCCCUCCCCCUUCAGGGACUCCGUAGGGUCGGGUAGCGGCUCGCCAGGUUCUCCCACUUUGGAUGUCGAAACGUCCGCACUUCCACCCGUCCCAAAAUACGAGUGCCUGGUGCUCCGACACUACAGCCAGAGUUCGUCUUCGUUAUGAGGACCAGCACGGCGGACAACAGAACGAAGAUCGGAGCACUGAAUGGCGUAAUUAAUGCCGGCCGUGACGGACACGGCUUGAGUGUGUGUGUUUACAUGUUCUCACCUUCGGACCAGUGCAAAACAGGGCUCUGUCGCCCCUGCAGAGAAAUAUCUCCAACAUCAGACCUGCAGUAGAAUCACAAUCGUUCGUCUAGUUUGGCGUUCCGUUGGUCUAUUUUGGUAGUGGCCUUAAACAAACAUGGCUUUCAUCUAAUUAGUGCUGUUUCUAUGAGGACUACAAUAUGUUGGUGUGCUCCCGAAAGGAUGGGGGUAAACGAACACACAGGGAGAUUCACCUGCAUCACAGGGAUGUUCCCAGACACGGACAUUACGAGCCUUUUUUGCUACUUUUAUCAUCAAACAAUGAGAUUAUUAAGGGCUGGAAAAAGACACGGCAGCAAAGGGAAAAGCCUGUAUAAUUACAUGUUGCGUAAUCUUUCACUCGUACACGACUGCUGGUACACUGUAAUAAUUCAAGAGUCCGAGGUGACGUCCCCGAUGCUUUCCAAGAUUCAAACGCAAUCUUUGAACAAAGUGCUUUGUUUGAUGUACCACAGGACAGUGUGUGAGAGAGAGAGAGAGCAAACAGAACGAUAUUCAGACACCUCAGUCAUUGUCCAUGAUUUUCUCAUCUCCUUUAUCUCUCCCUUUUCUCUUAAUUCUUCCAGCUUUUCCCAUCUUUCUACUUGCCUUUUUUCAGGAACGGAGCAUAUAUGGGUGAAUCUCAUGAAACCUGUCAAGAUUACAUUUCACCCCAAAAUCAGGAGAAAGAAAAAAUUCUGCUUAUAGAUAAAGAAACCUAUUUUAAGAUAGAUAUAUUGGGUCAUUAUUUGAAAAUACAUGAAAAUAAUGUUACAAUGCAAUAAUUUUAGGCUUAGUAAUUAACAGGCUUAAUUCCUUUUGGGUAAAAUGUUUAUUUAUGAAAAAAAAAAAAACAGAUUUAUUUGUACAAAUAUAAAUAAAUAGAUUUUAUUUAUUGUUAGAUUGGAUGGAGCGUCAGAAAUAUCAGAUAAAUCAUAUCCGACCCAGGACGCCGAAUCCCUGCCAGAAGAUAUCAGUAUAGUUUGACUGAGAAAGCCAGGGAAGAGCCGAAGCAGGAGACGAAGUGAUAAUAAAAAGAGAAGAAAUAAUCUUAUAGUUGCGUAUGUUUUGAUGCUCAGACUCCGUCUGGAUGUUUCAAUGCUCGGACUUCAUCUGACCAGUACAAAUCCAACAAGUGUUAUUAUUAUAGCAAAGCAAAAACAAUGGAUAAUUACUGCUUCACAACAUCGUCCUGUGAUGUUAAAAACCUUGAAAUGGAGACAUUCUCUUACCUCUUACUCGUGAAGACAAACAUCCCCUGAAAAACAACAAUAGCAAACACUGCAAGAGCAAGAUAAGUAAAGUAAGUAAUAUAAAAUCAUAAAAUAACACAUGAAAAAUAAUAAUAAAAUGAACAAAUGAUAUAACUCAAAUAAUAAUAAUAGGAAUAAAUGAUAAA